GCCCCGGGGGCCCGGGGGCGUGGUGCGGGCCGGCGGGGGGCCCGUCGCGCUACGUGUCGGGCAUGCAGGACCUCUUCCGCGGCCACGGCAAGACCCGGGAGUUCCCGGCGCACAGCGCCAAGGUGCACUCGGUGGCCUGGAGCUGCGACGGCCGGCGCCUCGCCUCGGGAUCCUUCGACAAGACGGCCAGCGUCUUCCUCCUCGACAAGGACCGUCUGGCCAAGGAGAACAACUACAGGGGUCACGGGGACAGCGUGGACCAGCUGUGCUGGCAUCCCAACAGCCCCGACCUCUUCGUCACGGCGUCCGGGGACAAGACCAUCCGCAUCUGGGACGUCCGGACCACCAAAUGCAUCGCUACCGUGAACACCAAAGGGGAAAACAUCAACAUCUGCUGGAGCCCGGACGGACAGACCAUCGCGGUGGGCAACAAGGACGACGUGGUGACCUUCAUCGACGCCAAGACGCACCGCUCCAAAGCGGAGGAGCAGUUCAAGUUCGAGGUGAACGAGAUCUCCUGGAACAAUGACAACAACAUGUUCUUCCUGACCAACGGCAACGGCUGCAUCAACAUCCUCAGCUACCCAGAGCUGAAGCCCGUGCAGUCCAUCAACGCCCACCCCUCCAACUGCAUCUGCAUCAAGUUCGAUCCCACGGGCAAGUACUUCGCCACCGGGAGCGCGGAUGCCCUGGUCAGCCUCUGGGACGUCGACGAGCUCGUCUGCGUGCGCUGCUUCUCCAGGUUAGACUGGCCCGUCCGGACCCUGAGCUUCAGCCACGACGGGAAGAUGCUCGCGUCGGCGUCGGAGGACCACUUCAUCGACAUCGCUGAGGUGGAGACAGGGGACAAGCUGUGGGAGGUGCAGUGCGAGUCUCCGACGUUCACGGUGGCCUGGCACCCCAAGAGGCCGCUGCUGGCCUUCGCCUGCGACGACAAGGACGGCAAGUACGACAGCAGCCGCGAGGCCGGGACCGUCAAGCUCUUCGGCCUCCCCAACGACUCCUGAGCCGCGGUGGCGUCCGGGUGGGGACGGGCCCCCGGGGGGGUCACGAGACCCUCCCGCCGCCGCCUCGGACGCUCCACGGCCGAUCCGGUUUGGCCUGGUUCUCGCCCCGUUCGUUUUAAGCCGGGAUGACCUGAAGCCCUCCCCGCCCCUUGGCAUCGAGUGGCCUGGGCAUCGGCAUCCUGCCCAUUAAGGCCGCCGAUCCCAACACGCUCCCCCCCCCCCCCCGUGUCGACCGGCACGGAGGGUGGGAUGGCCUCUGCGGACCACCGGGAUUCCUACCGGUCUCCCGUCUCCUUUCUCCCCCCGGGCCGGGGUGGAACCCCGGGGGACUCGGGGAGUUCACGUUCAGAGUGGGCGCGAGUCCCCGGGCGAGGGCCGAGACUGCGGGGUCCCGCGGGCAACCGGCAGCCUCGGACCCACCUCGGGAGGGUCACUGGGCACGGGUUAGGGGGUGCGGGCAGCGGUCAGACCCCUGGGGUCUUUCACCACCUCUUCCUGCCCAUGUGCCCAGAAUCUCAGGAACCUGGGGCGGGAUGGGGAAGAAGUGACUUUUUUUCUUGUAUUUUUAAUAUUUUGAUAAUUCUGGUUUUAUUAAUAAAAGUGACCUGGUUACCAGCC